ACCCUAUAAUGGUGACGUGUAGUUCUGUGGAUUAUCCACAUGAUUCUGGACGUAGAACAGGUCAAGAUGGGUUUCAUUAAUUACUACAGUUACAAUUGGCUAUCGUAAAGAGGAUAUGGUUAGUCAUAAAGUUAGCAGUGUAUUUAAGGGUUAAGAUUAAAAUUGCAUUUGAAGAAGAUACAUUGUAGAUAUAGGCGGGGUUUAUGACUUAGUGGCUGUGGUAAAUAGUGACAACAUUCAUCCAUUCCGAAACUGAUGAGGCGAUUAGCCUAUAUUUUGUUUUACUACGUUUCAGUUCGGUGGUAAAUCAAUACUUGACAAUGGCUGGGGAAAUGUCUAUGAUCGGAUCGGUCAUUCUGGCUUUAUUUCUGGCUGGCUAUCUGGGCCAGCAGUAUCUGCCUCCACCGAAACCCAAAGUGAUCGGCCUAGAUCUGGGGACCACUUUCUGCUCCGUAGGAGUAUUCCACCCGGGUACCGGGGAUGUGGAGGUGAUAGGUGAUGAGGAGGGGCGGAAGAGCAUCCCGAGUGCGGUGUCGUUCACAUCUACCGAAGUCCUCGCCGGUCACGAGGGUCAGAAUCUGGCCGACAGCAAUCCUGAAAACACCAUCUAUGAUGCCAAGCGGUUUAUUGGAAAGAUAUUCGAACAAGAGCUCCUUGAGCAGGAAAGUGCUCGUUAUCCAUUCAAGGUGAUAAACAACAAUGGCAGUGCAGAGUUCUUUGUCACCACCAACCAGACGUUCACAGUUACUCCUGAAUUCAUUGGUUCUCGGCUGCUGCUGAAGAUGAGGAAGAUGGCGGAGCGUCACCUGGGUGUCCCCAUUCAGAGGGCUGUUAUCUCUGUCCCUGCUGAGUUUGAUGAGAGACAGAGGAACUACACCAUCAGGGCUGCCAACCUGGCUGGACUGGACAUCCUGCGUGUGAUCAAUGAGCCCACAGCUGCAGCGAUGGCGUAUGGGUUACACAAGGUGGACGUGUUCAACGUGCUGGUGGUAGACCUGGGAGGAGGAACGCUGGACGUCUCUCUGCUCAACAAACAGGGGGGCAUGUUCCUCACCAGAGCCAUGGCAGGUAACAACAAGCUGGGGGGACAGGACUUCAGCCAGAGGCUGCUCCAGUACACCAUGGAGAGGGUCCGCCUGCAGUACGGCGUUCCCCCCACCCUCAAAGAGGACAUCCACCACCUCCGCCAGGCUGUGGAGGCAGCCAAGCUCAACCUCACCCUGCAGCCCAGCGCAGACCUCAGGGUACCCCUGCACCUGGAGCCCCAAGGAGACGCCAAGCAACCACCACAGGAGCCCACCAAGGACCCAAUCCCAGUCAUCUUCCAAGCAGUCAUCACCCGUGAGCUGUUUGAAGAGUUGAACGCAGACCUCUUCCAGAAGAUUCUGGCGCCUGUAGAGACAGUGCUGGCUGAGGGCCACCUGGGGAAGGAGGAGGUGGAUGAGAUAGUUCUGGUGGGAGGCUCCACCCGCAUCCCUAGGAUCAGGAAGCUGAUCAGUGAGUACUUUGGGAAGGAGCCCAACACCUCAGUGGACCCAGACUUGGCAGUGGUGACUGGGGUGGCCAUCCAGGCUGGCAUCAUGGGGGGCUCCUGGCCCCUACAGGUCAGCGCUAUAGAGAUCCCCAACAGACACCUCCGCAAGACCAUCUUCAAUUGAUCUAGUCUAGAGGUAGCAAGGAUGCCACCAGACAGAUACUUGCCAUAUUAAAGGAUGGUCUGCAUUCUAACUGUUAAUUGUGCUUCUCCAUCUUCACAAGGUGUGCAAUAGUAUUAUGAGGUUAAAAUAUGAUCUUCAGCUGUAAUAUGUUCUCACAGAGAAACUCAAAUUACACCAUCACUUUUUUACGGUCAACCCAACUUAUUAGACCAACUGUCAUAGAUUGAAAAUUGUGUUCAACUCAGGGAACAACCUUUAUUUCUAGAGAACUGUGACCAGCAAAGACACCUUCAGCUAUUUAUUUAUUUCUAGUGCUUGUACUGUGGGAGGAGGGGGAGGGGUGUACAUGAGGUGUUGUUUUUCAGUGGAUGACAACGUGCCUGUGCCUUUUCAGAGAGCUGCACUAUUAGGCUUUGUGCUUUUAAGUCACCUGAUAUGAAGAACCACUAGUCCUUUAGGGAGUCCUAUUGAUGAAGGCAUAAUGCUAUUAGUUUCGGACCAAAUAUUUUUGCACACAUUGUUACUAGCUUUACAUUCAAACAAUAGCCUCUGCUCAGCUUUGUAUGGGUUAACAGAUUGUCUAAAUAAGGGACAUGCUCAGUAUUCCACUAACUUAUUAGCCAGCAUCAUCAUUCUGGUGCAAUUGAAUUAAGAAUCACUGGCUGACAGAUGUAAGUGCCAUAAACACACAGGACUAGGCUUAUGGUGCCUGUUUGAAGUGUUACCGUGUCUCACAAGACUGCAGGUGGACAGUAAUGGUUGAGGCUGUUACAGCCCCUGGAAUUAGAGGACAAACAUGUUGACAAUUGACAUUCCAUGAUACAGUGAACAUAUUUAAAUAAUAUACCUUUUAGAGGUUUGUUCAAGGUAAACAGUUUGCAUGCAUAUCUUGUUGAACGUGCCUCAGAUACUGCACAGUUCUCUAGCGAUGUCAUAGGAAUUUAUCUAGACCGUUCCAUUUCAACGGAGUAUGUAGAUUUUUGUACUGCAAAUUUUGCUCCUCCAAAUGGCUCCCUUAGAUAUCUGCUUGUACUACAUGCUGCUUUAAAUAAAUCCUGAAUUAUCCAAAAUAC